AUGGCGGACGACAGGGAAGUUUUGCGAGAGAUUUGGGACGGCAGAAUUCCUGUUUGUUUCAAUCUAAGCUCAGAAGAAAUAGCGACAGUGGAGCAACCAGAACCUUACUAUUUAUUAGUGCCUAGACUCAGCUACCUGAUGCUAGUGACUGACAAGAUUCAAAGACAUUUCCAAAGAGCUGUCAAUCAAGACAACGUUGAUGAGAUGUGGUUUGAAUAUGAUGGUCAGCCUUUAAAGUGGCAUUAUCCUAUUGGUGUUCUAUUUGAUCUUCAUGGAUCAUCUGCAUCUUUGCCAUGGAAUCUAACUGUUCAUUUCCAGAAGUUUCCAAAGGAUGAGCUGAUUAGAUGCCCUGGGAAGGAGGCAGUUGAAUCUCACUUUAUGUCAGCUGUAAAAGAGGCUGACAGUUUUAAACACAGAUCCCAGRUUAUCAAUUCCAUGCAGAAGAAGGAUCACAAACAGCUUUGGCUUGGUCUUUGUAAUGAUAAAUUUGAGCAGUUCUGGGCUGUGAAUCGACGUCUUAUGGAACGAACAGGUGAAGAUCCAUACUUCAAAUACAUUCCKUUUAGAAUUCACCAGAUUGACAAACCAUUCCGACAACAUUUGUUUAGACCGAUAGCAGAUAAUGGCGAGCAAACGACUCUGGGUGACCUGCUGAAAGCAAGUGUACCAAAUCUCUUGUCUGGAAAUGACCUGGACAGUCAAUGGCGAGUUGUCAUUCACGGCAUCGAACCACCUCUAGAGACCCCAACACAGUGGUUAAGCGAACAUCUYAGCUAUCCAGAUAAUUUCUUACAUAUUAUCAUUGUUUCCAAUCUAUAACUCCCUAUCGAGAUGAAUAAUUCAAUAAUUUGAUAAUUUACUAUUUUACAAGCAAGCAAGUUCUUUGAUUCCCACAUUGACAGAAGAGGCAAUGAUCAUACAUGUAUCUUUAAAUUGAGGAUUUUACCGAAAUUCAAAGUUUGAGAGGUUUUGGUAUUCAAUGCCUUAUUAAAUUCACAAACUAUUAUUACAACAAACUAUUACAGUURCUUUGCCUAGAGACGAUGGGAAGCAAGAUGUAGAAAAGCAAAAUUCAAAUGAAAAAGGAAAUCGCCGACUUGCGAAUUUUGCCUCGGUAGUCACACACAAAGGAAUCAAGACGAGAYGCCGUGCAUAAGGCUCGAUCAUUCGCCUCGUCUUGAUUCUUUUGUGCUUGACUACUGAGKCAGUCGCAAAUYGGCUAUUUCAGCGCGAUAUCCUAUAAUAUUAUACCGACCAAGAAGUAGUUCUUUCUCGACGAAAAACUUUUAUUAUGUAUUGUCUUAACCAGUACUUACUAUAAAAUCUCAAUAAAACUUGUACGUUUUUGCA